CGCAUGCGCGUCGCCCCCUCCGGCGCGGGGAGGGGGAUGCGGACGGGGGAAGAUGGCGGCCUCGAACAACCCGCGGAAAUUCAGCGAGAAGAUCGCGCUGCACAACCAGAAGCAGGCGGAGGAGACGGCGGCCUUCGAGGAGGUCAUGAAGGACCUGAGCCUGACCCGCGCCCACCGGUUACAGCUGCAGAAAACCCAAUAUUUGCAGCUGGGACAGAGUCGUGGCCAGUACUACGGUGGGUCACUGCCAAAUGUGAAUCAGAUCGGAAACAGUGCCAUGGACCUGCCCUUUCAGCACAACGGAGCUCUGGCAGAAGCCUUUGGAGCAGUUCCUGUCUCUUUGACUCCUUUUCAGUCAUCAGGAUUGGACACAAGCAGAACAACUCGGCAUCAUGGUCUGGUGGACAGAGUGUAUCGUGACAGAAACCGCCUCGGCUCCCCGCAUCGACGCCCUCUCUCUGUGGAUAAACACGGAAGACAAGUGGACAGCUGUCCGUAUGGCACUGUGUAUCUGUCACCUCCAUCAGACACAAGCUGGAGAAGGACAAAUUCCGAUUCUGCCUUGCACCAGAGUACUAUGACUCCAGCUCAACAAGAAUCCUUUUCAGGAGGGUCACAGGACAUGCAGCAGAAAAGAGUUUUAUUACUGGCUGUCCCUGGAAUGGAGGAAACCACCUCUGAGGCAGACAAAACCCUCUCUAAGCAAGGAUGGGACACUAAAAAGACUGGGUCAUCAAGACCUAAAUCAUGUGAAGUUCCAGGAAUCAACAUCUUUCCAUCAGCUGACCAGGAAAACACUACAACACUGAUUCCUGCUACGCAUAACACCGGUGGCUCCCUGCCAGACCUGACCAACAUCCAUUUCCCUUCCCCUCUCCCAACACCGUUAGAUCCCGAGGAAUCCACAUUCCCAGCCCUGAGUAGCUCCAAUAGUACCGGAAAUCUUGCUGCCAAUCUGACUCACUUGGGCAUCAGCACUGCCAGUCAGGGAAUGACGACGACGCCAGCCCCUUCCCAGCAGCACCGUCAGCCGGCCGUCAGUCCCCUCUCCUUGAGCGCAGACUCAAGGCGACCACAGUCACAGCAAAUGUCUCCUACGCUUUCCCCUUUGUCACCAAUUACUCAGGCCGUGGCUAUGGAUGCAUUGUCUCUGGAGCAGCAGCUUCCCCCAUACCCAUUUUUUACCCAGACAACUUCCCAGCAGCAGCAGCAGACCCAGGUGGCGAGUACCCUGCCUCAGAACACUCCUUUAAUGCAGAGCUCUGGCUUACAGCGAGGAACGCAGCUCCCCCCGCUCUCCGUCACGGUACCUUCCACCAUCCCACAGUCACCUCCGGGCAGCCAGACCCAGCCCUCGAUGGGAAUAGACAUCAACUCGGCUUCACUCCAGCAGUACCGCAGUAAUGCUGGAUCCCCAGCCAACCAGUCUCCCACCUCUCCUGUCUCCAAUCAAGGCUUCUCUCCUGGCAGCUCCCCUCAACAUUCUUCCAUUCUGGGGAGUGUAUUUGGUGACUCCUAUUAUGAUCAGCAGAUGACAGCUAGGCAGGCUAAUGCCCUAUCCCAUCAGCUUGAACAGUUUAAUAUGAUAGAAAACGCCAUUAGUUCCAACAGCCUGUACAGCCCCUGUUCCACCCUUAACUACUCCCAGGCAGCCAUGAUGGGACUUACCGGCAGUCAUGGCAGCUUGCAGGACUCGCAGCAGCUGAAUUACUCCAGCCAUGGAAACAUCCCCAACAUCAUUCUUACAGUGACAGGAGAAUCUCCUCCCAGCUUAUCAAAAGAACUGACCAGCUCUUUGGCAGGAGUGGGAGACGUCAGCUUUGACACGGAUUCCCAGUUCCCUCUGGAUGAACUCAAAAUUGACCCUUUAACCUUGGAUGGACUGCACAUGCUGAACGACCCAGACAUGGUCCUCACCGACCCCGCCACAGAGGACACGUUCAGGAUGGACCGGCUGUGACGCGGGGACACCAGGAGCCUGGGAAUGACGCUUGUUCCUGGAGCCCAGCCGAACUGGAGAGUCCGAUGGGUCAGUGGUGUCGGAGCAGGAGCUGCCGAGAGCAGCAGCUCUGUCCUGUACAACAUGUACAAUGAGUAAAGCUUGUCGUUCUAAGCUUGCAGCGCUGCAGCCCCCUACUCCCUGUCGCGCCGUAUUUCACCCCUUAUCCACUCAUUGCCAUUGAUGAGUAAGGAGUUUCCAUCAGCCUUUUCCUCUCCAGAGCCCCCCCCUUUCCCCCCCACCAAAGCUCCAGCGUUAAGUUGUCAAUUUAUCCUUUGCACUAGAAAAGGGGGUAUUUUUGGGCAGGCGAGGAAGGUUCAGAGCCAAGGGUAAACAGAUUCUUUCUAACGUACCAAAUUGGUGGCUGCUGUUUGAGACGGGGAGCGAUGACUGUCCCCCACCCCCCCGGUGAUUGGGAAGCAAAUCUCUGCAUUGCCGCCCUCUGGGAGGGGCUGGGGGACCGUCGGAGGUUUUGACUCUGCUUCGUGACAGCCGCUUCGUAGAGUAAAAACGCUUCUUCCUUUAGCGACAUGCCAUGUUUGUCUUCAGGUUGGUUUCCUUGACUGUCGUCCCGCGCCCUCUGCCUCUUCUCCUGCCCCGAGCAAACUCGCCUUCUUGGCAAAGCGGAAAAGCAGCCUGGCAGCCCCAGGGCCUUUUGUAGCCGGCUAGUUAAAAAAGGCAACUGUAAACACUAUUUUCAAAGCUUUCUUUUUUUUUAAAUAUAUAUGUAAUAUAUAUAUUUAUAUAUAUGUAUACAUAUAUAUAUAGAGCAUUUCUGAGCACACAAAAAAGUACUAUAAUUCAUUACUUGAUUAGCACGGAAGAAGGAUCAGAACAUUUUAAAGCAGCUAAAAGAAUAUAGGAGACUAACUUGCAGAGCAUGUUUCUAAUUUUACUUUGUGAGAGAUUCCUGGGCAACAGGAAGGGCAUUUCUAUAGCAAUGCCUGGCUCAAAUCAUGAUGACUUUUUUUAUUCUUAUUCAUUACUUAUUCUGUUACCGUUAUUUAUGAUCUUUUUGUUGUUUUGUUUUGUUUUGUUUUUUUUUAUUUAAGUAUUUGGAUAUUAGGAAAGUAGCUAAACUACAUACAGCCAAUUGAAGCACUCUACAUAAUACUUGUACAGUACAUCUUUUUGUGUUUUUAUUCCAGAAAUAUAUUAUAUAUAUUAUAUAUAUAGGUAUUUUUAACUAACUGGAAUUUUAAACAGAUGUUGAGCAGAAGUGAGGAAGCCUAAGGCAAGUCUAGAUGUUUUCCUUUUAUAUAGUCAAAAUAGGGUGGCAGGAACUUAGAUAUUCCUUCUUUCACCCGGGGGAAAAAAUAGCUUGCUGCACAGUGAAUAGUACUGUAUCCUCCAGCAGGUUGAGAUUCUGUUAAAUUUAUAAGAGACUAUUUCUGUUAGUCCUUGGCGAUAUUCUGUGCUGCAGUACAACGGGCUGGGGAGCGACACUUUAGCAAGGGCGGAUUGGGAAAAAACCAGCCAAGCCACCCGUUGACUCUCAACUGGACACAUCACGGCUGAAUUCCUGAUGGUUCCCAGAUCUCCGCACCGGGGACGCGUACCAAAUCUGAAAAGUGGGUUUAAAGAUUUACCAAGAGCCCAACAGGCUUCUAGUAUUUGCCAGGGGCACUGUUAAACGUUGUCUUCGUGACACUAGAACCUGCACAGGAACAGAGUCUGUAAGCACAGGACUCUUCUCUUCAGCAGAAGUUAGGAAUUAACAUUAUUUUGAGUCUUAUUAACGAGUUAAAAAUUACGUUGCGCCUGACACCCUGCACGGGAGAUGGAGGAACACCUGCUAGAGGAAGGCGUUUCCAUGCAGUAGGGGUUGAACAUCCACCUCUAUUUUUCUGAAAUACAGCCUCAAUAAAAGACCCGUUUCAGUUUUCCUUUCAAGAUGGGUUGUGUUUGUUGCCCCCCCCGCCAUGGUGGUCCGCCAUCUGCUCCGUUUCCAUUCGAUCUGCAUCAACUGGCUUUGCUUUUUGUCCAAAAACGUGUCCAUUUGUUCUCAGCCGUCAGGACAUUCAAGGAAAAACCCAGCCCUCAGCACUUCUCCCCGUCCCGUUCCCCUCGAGAAAGGGGUUUUCUUGCUGUUUUUGGCAAGCGCUAACGAAGGUCCGCCAAGGAGCGGGGCCGCUCUUAAUGAGUUAUACUAGGUUUCUGUGUGCUUCCAGAAAUCGGUGGGACGCCGUCCUGAGAUUCACACAAACGCUGCUGAGCAGAGUUGUUGGUGGGAUCUCUCUAAUCUGGGUGCGUGUUUGCUCACGUUUGUGCCAUUAGUUGACCCAUUUGCACUAAAAAAUGUUGGUGUUUUUUUUUUGUUUUCCUUUGGAUCUCUGAGCUUACCUGUGUCUCUCUUUCUUUUGGUCCUCCCCACGCAAUGGAAAGCUUUUCCUGCAUCUCUGUCGGAAAUGUCUUUUGUCAGGAUUUAAGCCCAGUAGCGCGUGUUAACUCCUGGUGUCUGCUUAUUUCAGAUUGCUAAUGCUUUUUCAAUUUAAGGAGGAAAAAUAAAAGAUAGCUUCGAGCGGGAGGAUACCCUAAAAGAACAGGAAUAAUUUGGGCACAGGUGACUCGGAAAUGGCCACAGGUACCGUGGGAGUUGAAUUCGCCUCUUGCCGUUCACGUAGUUCCAUGAUGGGAUUCCUGUCUGCCGCUCUCCCGUUGGAAUGACUCCCAUGCCUGCAGUUCCUUGGUUUGUGAUCUAUGUUUCUUUUUAAAACCAGAGUCACUUCAGAACGAAGCAUCCGAGUAGGAGAUGAGAUUCCUCACUGGAGACUUUUACAGGGAGCCGUUGCUAAAUGCUACCUUCUGAUUUUUUUUUUUUUAAACUACAUGUGUAUAUAAGAGAUCUUGUUUAUUAGACUUGUAAGUAGAGAUUUAAAAUGGCCUUAAUUUAAAAAUAACACGUCUGGAUGCAACUGUCAAAAUUAGGGACCAUCUAGUGGAGAGAAAUCCAGGUUUUGUUCCUUUUUGUGCGGGGCGAAGGGAGAAGGGAGCUGUGGGGUGGGAAGGGGUCGGAUGAAGCCACCGUGGGAAGCGGGCGACGGCUGUGUGUGACGAGAUGCGCUUGGUGGCGGGAGCGGGCAAGGCAAAAGCUGCUUUUCGUGCUCCACUUUGAGAACCGAGCUGUUAUUCCAGCAGCUCUUGCAUUUUGCUUCCCGGAAGGUCGGUUUCCUGACGGCAUCGUGUAGGAGCUGCAAUUCCAGAGGGAUUUUUCUCCCCCUCUCCCCUUAACAUCGGUGUUUUUGUAAUGGGUGGAUGCAUAAAGCUGAUUUUUAAAGCAAAAACUAUCUAUUGAGUUGUCAAACGUGAACACUGUUUACAGGAUCCCCACUAAUGGGAUCGGAUGGGAGCGGGUCCCCAGUGUUUUCAGAACAAGUAAUCUGAUUUUAUUUGAAAAUUUAUUAAUACUGCUUUAAUUUGAACUUGUGUGUAAGGGUGAUGGCCGCUGGGAGCGACUGCCCCUUCCCGGCCAGGGACGGACGAGAGCGGAAAAAGAAAAAAGAUCACUUAGCAAAAAAAAAACCAAACCAAGUCGUAUUAUGUAUAACUUUUCCAGUUAAAUGAUAUUGGAACUGUCUGGUGUCUCAAAGGGUUACUGGCCGAACAUACCUGCUGGGGGACCCUGCCCUCUCCCCGUAUCAUGUGUCUUUAGAGAGAGAGAUAGAUAUAGAUAGAUAUAUAUAUAUACACAUUAAAAAGUUCCCAAGCUAGACUGUUGCAUUUGCCAAUACAAUGGGGAAAUAAUAGGAAUAAACCUUCAGUGUACAAAAUACUGUGAUUUUUUCCCAAAAGUUCUGCCGUGGGUGGCGGCGCGGGGCGGGGGGGGAGGCUCUUUCCAUUGUACAUAGUGUUCCGCAUCCUCUUCCCCCCCCCGGCCCCCUCUUGCCGCAUGCGAGACUGACCGCGGGCAGCCCCCGACCCGCUUCUGCAUGUCAGCCAGCUCUAACUGUGCAACACCUCCCUGUACAGACAACCCGACACUUAUUUUUCCCUUUUAUUAAUUUUAUUUUUAUUUUUUUAGAGGGGAAAAGGUUUCCAGAAAGCGGCCGCAAAUUAAUUUCACAAAUGGUUCGUUAUUUCUACGUUUUAUUACCUUUUCUUUUCAAUUUAAUUCAAUUUUUUUCUUUUUUAACAAGCGUGCCUGAGAAAACCCCGGUGCGAACCCGUGCGGCUGAAAAGAGCGAGCUGCCCGCUGAGUCUGCCUAAACGCAGCACCCGGUAACUUACAGAGUCCUGCAGACUGCCCUCAGAAAUAAGGUCUUGGCUGUGCUUGUUUGUAAAAGCGUGGAUUGCUGUAGAAACAUUAAUUAAGGCUUGAGAUGUGUCCCUUGCGGAGCGUGGCGCUCGCCCUGGAAACCCCCCUGUAGGCGCAGGAGGGGGAGAGCCCCGCAGCGCCCCGGGGGUCGCCCUGUGCGCUGGGCUUUCAGGAGAAAAACCGACGCAGAAACACGUUUAUUCCUCUGAAAAAUGGAACCCCCGUCACUGUGAUGGCAAUGUGAAAGCGCAGGUAGCGUUUGUUACGUGUGUCUGUUCUUUUUAAAAAACGAAAAAGCCAAAAAAAAAAAAAAAAAAAAAAGUAAAAUAAUAUAAAUUUGUAGUUGUUCCUGUUCUUUGUAUUUUUAGUUGCAUAUUAUUUAUACUGCGCAGUGUAGGCAUGGAUUGCAUGUCAGUUUUCUAUGCGGGCACCAUGAUGACAUUAUAACUGUGUAUUAUAAAUCAUUUUUACCUUUUUAAACAGAAUCAUUGUGUGGAAUUUCUAUACUGCAAAACAAAACACUACAUUACGUACUAUAUUCAUUUGUGUUAUUUAUUUUAUUAUUUUGGGGGGGAGGGCGGGCGGGGGGUGGUUUUAACUGUGGUGUAUAUUGCCUUAUGUGGGCUUGACCAAUUUUAUCAAAAUAAAGGCCUGAAGGGGUAAAAUAUGUUUACUGUUUUCUUCAGUGAGUUGACUCCCGGCCGCCGUAGGGGCGGCUGCGGGAAACGGCGUGGUAGGAAAGGUGAAGGGAAGAAACGCGAAGUGCAGGGAUCGGCGCAGGGAUCGGCGCAGGGAGCACACGCGGCUGCGGGACGUGCGGAGCCGGGGCCACUCGUCGGGAAGCGCUGUGAGUCGUAGGUGGCCACUUGCCGUCGGCGAUGGCGUGGCGAGGCCAAAGAGCCUUCCCUGACCCUUUCACGUCCCUCCGUCCGCAUCCCGAUUUCUGUUCGAGAGACCGAAUGUGGUCGUCUCUUGGAGCAGCCGUGAAAAUCUCAUCUCACACCACCUAACCCCAGACGACUCGGUGACUCCUGCCCCAAGCGGGCAGUGCGGGUGCUUUCAUAAAUGCCCCCCUGCUCCUUAUCUGCUGCAGGUUUUCCGCUCUUGAAAGGCGAAGUGUCUGUCUCGGUGCUGUGCGUUCCUGAGGGUGACCGGUAACGAGGCCAAAGAGAAAGGAGCAAGACCAGCCACCUGCGCCCCUUUUUUCGGGUUUAAGGUGCAUCACGGGCACGAGGCCACGCUGGGAAUCGUCCCUGUCCCGGGAAUCGUCCCCGCGCUGGUGCGUCUGGUCGUGGCUGGGGGUUUGAGUCCCGUCUGCGGUUGGGUGUGUGGAGCAGGGGUAGAUCCCGCCCGCCUGGGGCUUGGAGCAGAGCGAAUCCCUGCGCCCUCCGCGUACUCUGUCCAGGAUGGUGUCGCGGUGACGUGCCCUCCCAUGUCGGCACAGUGGGACGCGCGGUGACGCGCUCUCCCGUGGUGGGAACUGAGCAGCGGGCAGGGAAAUGCCGAACUCGUGUUGGCUUUGCUUUAGCUCCGUUCUUUCUACGUUAAAUUUUGCUGUUGAGUAGCUACAGGAGAACAAAGUAAACGCUGGGUGUUGCGUCUUCUGCUGCACGUUUUCUGCUUGCUGGGGAGUCACGGUGACCUUACGUUGGUGUUUUCCGGUGUGUGCAACGGUCCUGUUUUAUUGAUCGUGUUUUAAUUUAGUUCAGCGUUAAGGCAGCGUAAUUUCGGGCAGAAAGCUCAUGUGGCAAGAGACACGUUUGGGUUUUUUUUAAGAGACAAAAGGGAAAAUGCGAAUGGUUCUUGACCCGUCUCCAGCCGUCUGCUGUCGCGACAGGCCCGGGGGACGUCGGUAGCGGGUCACCGGUACCAGCCGGGCUGUCAGUAGCUGCUCGCUUUGAGUUUACCCAGUCGCUCGUCCCUGUUCCCGAUGGUGUGGCCACGCAGUGGGGAUUCCCCUUGGGAAUUGCUGACUCGGGAGUCGGCAGCAGCUGUCGGGGACCUGUCGCUCUCGGGGUGUUUUCCGACGCGCUUUGCUCGCCGUAGGUAUUUCUGUCACCGCGGUCACGCGGGCGAGACACCGCUUGGAACAAUGACAACACCGCAGGUGUCUUCUCACAGCGUUACGGUAGGAUGGAGAUGACAGUUUAGACGAUUUUACUCCUUAAUUUUGCCUGCCUUCAGCCUGUUCCGACUUCCAGAUACUUUCCUAGUUGGUUUUUUUUGGUUUUUUUUAGAUUUGCAGCCCGUGUUUCCCCUCAAUGGCUGUUGGAUGUUCAGGCAAGAGCGAGAAACCUAUUGGCGGAAAAACUCAUUGUAGUAUUUGCAGGAGCCACGUAUGCGCCCGCAGCACGUGAGGGAUAAAUCACGUUUUCCUGCCAUCCUUCUCUCCGGUUUUUGGGAACCUGGGCUCUGCCGCUGCAGACCCGCAUGUGUCGAAGCAGUUUGGUUUGGAGCGCAGACGUGUUGGUGUUUGUCACUGGUUCCAGUCUCGUUUCACUGAACUCCAAACUCAAAAUGAUGCUGUGAGCGGUAGUUGUGCUCCACGGGAAGAGCGUUUGCCUGUUUCCGAUGGCUGCGUUGCAAAGUGACGGUCCCAUCCGCGUGCAGCAGGGACGGCAUUUUCCGAGCUGGUGGAAGGGUUGUUCCUCCUCCAGAAAUCGCUUCAUGUUUUCCAUUUCACGGAGAGCUGGUGGCUUCCCUGCGCCAGCCUAAACCCGAGCUUGGGGCUUUGCUUUCCCGGCGGUUUCGGUAAAUCCCGAGCUCCCCGGGGGAGGAGUUUGCUGGUCACGGUGUGGAGAAACCUCCCGGGGAGGGAACUUCACCGGGGCUAACGCCGGGGACUCAGACCGGCCUCGAGCCAACGGGCACGUUCGUGUCGGCGUGGCUCUUGUCCGUCCUAAAAUUGUUGGGUUUUUCCAUCUGUGUUGGAUCAAGUUUCUGUUUUAUGGCAUUUUUCUUUGUUGCGUGGGGCGGGUGAGCUGCCGCGGGGACCGGGGGGAGCUGGACGCGCCGGGAGGUGGCAGCUGCCGGCCGAGGGCAGUCGCCGCCUCUGCUCCGUGUUUCCAGAGCCCCAAGAGACCGGGGGGACGCAGAGUCAAACGGCUCCGGUCUCACCCAGGUGCCGUCUCCUGGUCUACCUUAGGCGUUAGAGAAUCCUUCAUAAAUAAAUUGGGACAAACGUAACCGCGCGGGCGACAGGCGCUCUCGGCGGCGGGUGGAGACUGUGGGAUCGGUGGCAGAAUCUCCCUCCUGGGAACGUCUGUUCUUCGGGUGGGAGCUGUGUUAGACCCUCGCAUUAACAGCCCGAGCGAACAAAGGAGGCGUCACCCAGCUUCGAAAGCAUCCGAAAAUGAGACAAACCAAAAUAGUUGUUGCUUCUGCUGGAGAAAUGCACGUCUGGGAGUCACAGACCGUUGGGGCUCCGGAGCCGGGUCCCUUCGGGUCUCCCCUUCCUCAGCCGCAGAGAGCGGAGCCUCCCAGGCCCCCAAAAACGGGCUUUUAGCAAGAGCAGAGCUGCUCGCUGAUUUUAAGUGUCUCCGAAGCCGGUGUUUUCCGCUUCCUUUGGGAGGCGAUGCCUCGUGAGGGCCGGCCUGUGCCCCGUCGCCCUGAGGCCGCUGGUCUGGGAGCCGGGAGGGCCAUAGAGCCGGGGAGGAUCUGCCGGGCCGUCAGCUGGGGUUCGUUCCCAUUUUCUGUGUCACGUGUAGUCACAGCCUCCGGCAGAGAACGCUUGAAAAUCUGUCGGAGGGCGCCCGACAGCGGUGGGGGCUUCCCUUGUGUUUAGGUGUUUAAGUAGGAAAAUGCCGAGUUACGGGAAGGGGGUGUUGUGCCCCUGGGAAUGUUGGUCUCGACCAGCUGCCAGUUUUGCGGAAUGUUUCGCGAUCGGGCCGAGGCCUCUGCGGGUUCGCCCGCCCGCGUGUGGCAGGAGGUUUUCCCCUCCGCGAGGGACGGCGGAGUCGCGGUGAGGGCUGAGGCUUCGGCAGGCGGCGAGAGGUUGGUGUCGGUGAGGAACGUCGGCUGCGUCCGUGGCGCGGGGCGGGGGGGGGACGUGGGGGCAGCCGGGGCUGGGACCCUGCCAGGAGCGAAGCGGGUGGUGACGUCCGGGGGACGCCGCCGCAGCUGUGGGCUCUCCCCGCUCCGCGUCUCGCGGCCGAGGGAGCUGCUGCGUCCCUGCCGUCACACGUGGAGUUCGUCGUACGCAUCCUGCAGGUCGUUCGAUCCUGCAUUUUUGUACUGGGCUUUAGGGAAAAAGGGACAAAAGGCCUCAAUGUGUAGAUCUGAUGUAAGAGCCGGUCUCUGCAGCUGCAGCAGUGGAGUUGUCGGUGUUUCCUUCAGUUUUCCGGGCUUGAACUCGCUCAUCGAAGCGGGGUUGAGGUGUAGCACACCGAGGGCAAGCUUCUCGUUCAGCCCCAUCUGCCCCGGCCGUUUGUCGGGAAAGAAAAGCGAACGGUUCCCAACGAUCCCGCGUUACCUGUAACGUCCCGCGCCUCCGCUGGAAGGGGGAAGAGGGAGCUUGGCUCAGUUUUGGAAUUUCUAAGGCACUAAAUAUAGCGAAGAUAAAUAGGUAAAGCUUCUGUUCUUGCAGAGUAGAUGAUGAAUAUAAAAGUUAUAUGAUAAUAUUUAUGGGGUGAAAUGCUGGGGGGGGGAUAGGGCUUGCUUAAACCGUUCUUUCCUUACUGGAUCCUGAAUAUUCAUGGCAUGAGCAUGGGGAGGCGAAGAAGCCCGUGUGGGGAGUUGUACCCCGCGCACAGCCCCGGCCCUGCCGGCGUCGCACAGCCCAGCGCUUCAGGUGGCGCCUCGCAGUCAGCCGCUCGCUGAGAAGCCGGUAGAUACCGAGGGUUUAUUUUGGGGGAGGAAUUAGAAGUUUUCGAUGCUUUCUGUCCUGUCCUUAGCGGAGUCCCCGUCUGUGGGAGGAUUCCUUGUAGAAGCAGCGGACGCUUCAAUGUAUUAGUGCUCAUGAAAGGGAAAGUCUGAUUUUAAUAAAAUUAAAUACAGCUGCUCUUGGCAGCUUCUCUCACAGACUGGCAGCUAAAAACAACUCGACGUAGUUCAUUGAGCUUGGGGAAAAAGGUCAGAUUUAUGCAUUUUGGGGCAGUAUAAUAUACUGUUCUUUACAAGCUAACCUUUUUCUCUUAAGACAACUCGUGGAUUAUUUCACUGAUAUAUGCAAUCCGACACUCAGCUCCAGCGUUGGUGGCACAGGAACUCGGGAAAAGUUGUCCCUGCGACAGAAAAAGUUUUAUUUAUUGUGUUUUUCUAUAGGCAAAGUGGAAAACUGAAGUUGGCUUUAAGUGUUUGCAAUCUGAGAAAUGAUGUGAAAAAGCAGCUCAACUAAAUGUACAUUCUCCUCAAUCUUUUCCUUUUUGUGUGAAGGCUUUUGUCUUUGUAUCUUUGCAUUCUUUGUAAAUGAAAUGUAAUAAAAGUUCAAAUGUUUUUGU